AAAGAUUGUUAUGACAUUUUAAUUUUGGCGUUUUGCUUCACCUUUGCCGAGCUGAGUAGUUAAAAAUAUACCUACAUUUAUAACUUUCCAUCAUUGCGGCGUCGCCGGCGCCUCACCUUCACUCUUGUGGCGUCUGCAUAAUUAUAAACUUGUGACUUUUAACAUGUUCAAGCAAUGGCCCCUAAAUUAAGCGUGCAGGAAAAGAAGGAUUUGGAUCGGUUCACUAAAUUUUUUGUACUGAAAUCUGCCCAAGUGAUUGUCGAUUCCAGAUUAGGCAAUAAAAUCACCACUCAGUGUAAAACGACUAGUGAAUGGUUUAAUUUAGCUGUACCGGAUCUUCCUGAAGUACUAGCCGAAGCGAAGAAGGCGUACAAUGAAGAUUGCGUGCUAACUAAGCUACCUUUGUGUGUGGAAAUUUCGUUACGCACCGUCGAAGGUGACCAGAUGGUAUUAGAGUCGUGGUGCCUUGGUAUUUUACCGGACAUUUACGAAUAUAACAGUCCCUUUACGCAAUCAGUGUAUAAUCGAAUGGGUAUCUUGUUAAAGUCGUUGGUGUCGGUUACGCGGGUGACUCCCGCGUACAAAUUGUCAAGAAGACAGGGGCCAGAUUCGUAUAUUAUCUUGUAUCGUAUUUACGUGGGUGAACCUGUUUCGCACGCCCUCGGAGAUGGGUAUAAAGUAGUGCGAGUCGGACAAUUGUGUACUCCUAUCGGUACCUUGCAUCUUACAGUGUUGUAUCGUACUAAAAUGACUAUUUCACCCACUACGUCGGGCAGAGACAAUUCGAUUAUGUUAAAGAGUGAUCAUUUUAACACCAACUUAAGUCCGCGGCAUGGGAGAUGUAAACAAAGCGACGAGAAAAACACAUCUCUAGAGGAUGGCAUGAAAGUGGGUGCGUUUGCGGUUCCAAUGAAGCAGAAAAUUGAAGCCGAAGUAACGAUACCAGAAACGCCCUUCCGUUCCUUACUUUUUACGCGGCGAGACACGUCGAGCGCCCAGAAAGAGUCGUCGAGUGAUAAUCCUGCGGUCGAAAACGAAGAGCAAAAUGGAAAUUCGCCCGCCGAAUCUCAUACCUCCGAUCUUACCAUGAUGUCAACUAACGACGACUUCAUUAUGGUAGACUUGAAGACGCCGUUCGCGAGUAAAAACGUGAACGCCGAACUGGGGAUGUUUUACAGGGAGUGGCAGACGGCGCCUCCGCUUCAGGCGUUCACGAAUAUACCCACGUUAGCGGAGCAAGUUCAGGAUCUAACGAAGCAACUGGAAAACUUCGAAUCGGACAUGAACAAAUACGACGAUAUGUUACUGUCCCUCUGCCACUCGCCCAACAACAAUUAACUGUCAGUUUAAUUAAGUUGUCAACAUUUAAAUUAUUCUGUAGUUAGUGCGAAUCUUUAGAAUUUGCACUUGUGAUAAAUACGUAUUUGUUAAUGUGUUAUGUCAUCGUAAAGUAAAAUUAGUUUAACGAUUUUAGUUUGGAAAAUUAACCUUUGUCAAAGACUGAUGUAAAGUAAGUAAUGUGCACAACGCUACGUGUCUAAAGCUAUAUUACGAUGUUACACCGAUUAUAAUCAUUUAUUUGUAGUUACGUUUAUAAAUUUUAAUAUUGUAAAAAUUAACAGUCAAGUGCACCGUCAUUCGUUACAUUCUCAUUAAAAAUGUAAGCGGACUGUUCGACUAUUCAUAUUAAUUGUUUUCAGAUAAUGCUUUGUAAUGCCGACUGGCAUAAUCACAUAAAAUGAAUUAACACGGAUACAAUUCGGUGUCAGAAUCAACUGCAUAUUAUUAGGUAGCUAACGAUUUUAUAAACAAGGAAGCAUGUGGAAAUUAUGUAUUCGUUAUAGAAUAUUGUUGCAUUGAAUGCUGUAUAAUAUAUUAAGCUUAGUCUUUAAGUCCUUAAUUAAAUUUAUUGUAAGCUUGUCAGGUUUCUGGAUUUUGUAAUAUUUCUGUCGAUUUAUGAUACCUACUGUUUAUUGAAACAUUAAAAAGUCACUAUUGCGUUACGCUGAUA